AAUGAUGUUAAUGAGAAAUUAGCCGAAAAAGCAGAUAAAAAUGAGCUUUUAGCUCUGAGUGAUAAAGUCAAGAACCAUGUUCAUUAUAUAACUUCAGAUGAACAGAUUAUAACGGACUACCAUGGAUAUUUAACACAGGAUGAACAAAUAAGCACUGAAGAUGUUAAUGAAAGAAGAUAUAAAUUCAUUCGUGCUAAAGGUUAUGACAUAAGCUGUACUGUACAUUAUGACACGGGUAAAGCGCUAGAAGCAUUUAGUUAUAACGAUGAAAUUUAUGCUUCAUACUUCUUUGUUAACGGUGUAUUAGUUGAACCAAAAUUUACGUUGAGAGUUAAGUCAAAAAUAACGUUUGAAGAUGCUAUUAAAAGUAAAGCUGACAAAGAUGAACUUGACGCAAUGAACAAAGUUUUGAAAUCUCAUAAACACAACAUCUCCGAUAUAAAUGAACUUCAAGCUACAUUAGACAGUAAAGCCGACAAGAACCAUACACAUAACUCCUUCACUACUGUUAGAGCAGACGACAUAAUAUUGAACUAUACCCUCGGUUCAAGUGCACCUUUAGAGAAUCCAAGUACAAGCGUAAAAGAUACACUAAACUCCUUAAAUAGUAAAUGUAUGAAGAUUGAAGAUCAUGCCAGAAACUUUGAAACACAUGAACUACCAGCAAUGUUAGACAGUAAAGCCGACAAGAACCAUACACAUAACUCCUUCACUACUGUUAGAGCAGACGACAUAAUAUUGAACUAUACCCUCGGUUCAAGUGCACCUUUAGAGAAUCCAAGUACAAGCGUAAAAGAUACACUAAACAAUUUAGAUAACAGUUGCAGGAAUAUCGAAGAUCAUGUCAGAAACUUUGAAACACAUGAACUACCAGCAAUGUUAGAUAAGAAAGCAGACAAAACAGAGCUUCAAACAUUAAAGACUGAAAUACUUCAAACAUUAUAUCCUAUAGGCUCUAUUUAUACGUCAAUGAAUUCAACAAAUCCAGAAACAGUUUUAGGUUUUGGUACGUGGAAGCAGAUUGUAGAUAAAUUCUUAUACUGUGCUAACUCUUCAAAGCAAACAGGAGGUUCGAAGAAAAUUAAAGAAGCAAACCUUCCACCGCACACUCAUACAGGAACUACAAACUUUUCUGGCGACCAUAGUCACUCAUUAAGAGACCACCCAUUAUACAACUCAGAGUAUGAAGCCGGUCAUGAUGUUUUAUCUCCAUCUUAUAACAAUGCAGCAAAAAAGAUUUUUCGACCAACUGAACCGGGAGGAAAUCAUGUCCAUACUUUCACAACAAAUCCAACAGGCUCGGGUGCAGAUUAUAUGCCACCAUUUGUGACUAUAUUCGCAUGGUACCGCGUUCAAUGA